UAUUUUAACAUCUGCGUCAGGCGUGGUCGUCAUCGUCGUCGUCGUUGAAGCUCUCCAGCACACUUUAACCGAGUGUGGCGUCGAGUUGAAACAAGACCGGUCUAGUCCUUUUACAAUAUUUCAGUGUAUCAUUCUGCUUACAAUUUUUUUAUAUUAUUUUUUUUUCAUUUUACCUCGAAACCCAGUGUGGAAGGUUUAAUUUUCUCUCUACCUCUUGCCCCUCUCAUCGACAAGUUUUAUUAUUUUUCCUGGAAUUUUGUGUUACAAUAAACGUUUACAAAUAUUUUAUUAAUAAUAACGUGAGAUUUUUUUUGUUUAUUUUAUUCAACAACAAUGUAAAAAGUGCAACGAAAUUAUUGUGUGCUUGUUUGGCCGGUUCAAAUGUGAUCGAAAAUAAGUGUAAAAAAAAAAAAAAUUUCCUUUUUUAAUAAUAAAGCUAAUAAAAUUAAUAUUUAUUUUUUGACAAAGCUAUUAAUUAUAUUUAACAAUUUAUUUGUUAAAUUUUUUUUUCAUGAUUAUUCAGUUUUUUAAUUUGUCAAUGUUAAUUAUUUCAAGAAUAAAAUUUAUUUAAAAAUUAAAUAGACAAUUAAGUAAAUAAAAAAACAAAAAUACAAAAAUAUUAAAAAUGUCAACGGAAAAUCAUAAUGGUAGUGCACCCCAUGCAAAUGGAAAUUUAAAAACAUCAACAAUUGGAAGUAAUAGUAGUAUAACAUCAAUAAAUUCAACAACAUCAUCAAGAACAUUACCAAAUAAUUCAUCAUUUUUAUAUAGCAGUAAUUCAACACUUAAUCGUGAUAAACCACGUCAAGUACCACCACCAACAUUACCAAAAUAUACAUCAAGUUUUAAUGCUGGUAAUACAACAAAUGGUAGUAAUGGUAUUACAAAUGAUAAAAUUAAUCGUGAUCGUGAAAUUGGUGGUUCAUAUAGAUUAGCUAGUCUUGAUAGACUUGCAUUGAGACAAAGAAUUCUUGAUGGUGAAAAAGCAUCAUCAAAUGGUGAUGCAACAAAUUCGAUGCAAACAAAGCGUGAGCUUUUUUUUAAAACAGAAAAUGGUGGAUUAACAACAACAUCACCAUCAGUACCACCACCACAACCACCAACAACUGGUGUUACAAUACAAAAUUCAAGUGCACCAACAACAGCACCACCAGCAGCACCAGCUAAACCACGUUUACCUCCAACAUCUGUUACAUUAAAUUCAACCGAUUCAUCUGAAGAUAGUAAUAAAAGAGAAACAGCUAAAAAUGAAAAUAAUAAAGAUUUAAAUAUGCAAAUUUAUCCACGUCCAACACCACCAACAAAACCAAAAGAACUUGAUGGAUAUGUUGGUUUUGCAAAUUUGCCAAAUCAAGUUUACAGAAAAGCUGUUAAAAAAGGAUUUGAUUUUACACUUAUGGUCGUAGGAGAAUCUGGCUUGGGUAAAUCAACAUUGAUAAAUUCAAUGUUUCUUGCUGAUAUAUACAGUGCUGAAUAUCCUGGUCCAAGUUUACGUGUUAAGAAAACAGUUGCUGUUGAAACGACAAAAGUAUUAUUGAAAGAAAAUGGUGUUAAUUUAACAUUAACAAUUGUUGAUACACCUGGUUUUGGUGAUGCUGUUGACAACAGUAAUUGUUGGGUACCAAUUAUUGAAUACAUAGAAUCAAAAUAUGAAGAAUUUUUAAAUGCAGAAUCACGUGUUAUUAGACGACAAAUACCAGACAGUCGUGUACAUUGUUGUCUUUACUUUGUCUCACCAACUGGACAUGGUCUUAAACCACUUGAUGUUGAAUUUAUGCAACGACUUCAUGACAAAGUUAAUAUUAUACCAGUCAUUGCUAAAGCUGAUACAAUGACACCCGACGAGUGUGCACACUUUAAAAAACAAAUUUUAAAUGAAAUUGCACAGCAUAAAAUCAAGAUAUACGAAUUCCCAGAAGCUGAAGAAGAAGAAGAAAGUAAAAUACACAAAGUAUUGAGAGACAGAGUACCAUUUGCUGUUGUUGGAGCAAAUACUGUCGUUGAAUUGGAUGGUAAAAAAGUUAGAGGAAGAAAAUAUCCAUGGGGUGUUGCUGAAGUUGAAAAUUUAGAACACUGUGAUUUUAUUGCACUUAGAAAUAUGGUAAUAAGAACACAUCUUCAAGACUUAAAAGAAGUUACAAAUAAUGUUCAUUAUGAAAAUUUCCGAUGUCGUACACUCGCUGGUCUUGGUGUUGAUGGUAAACCAACAAGAGUUUCAAACAAGAAUCCACUUGCUCAACUUGAGGAAGAAAAACGUGAACAUGAUAAUAAAAUGAAAAAAAUGGAAACUGAAAUGGAGCAAGUAUUUGAAAUGAAAGUUCGUGAAAAGAAACAAAAACUCAAAGAUUCUGAAGCAGAUUUGCAAAGAAGACAUGAACAAAUGCGUCGUUCACUUGAACAACAAUUACGUGAACUUGAAGAAAAAAGACGAGCAUUUGAGUCAGAAAAAAGUGUUUGGGAAACACAAACUGGUCAUAGUAUUGAUGAAUUACGUAGGCGUAGUUUGGAAGCAAUUUCAAAAGAAACCGUCGAUGGCAAGGACAAGAAGAGCAAGAAGAAGGGACUAUUUUAAAAAUAUCAUCCAGCCAAAAAACAAACAAAAAAAAAGGUUUUUUAUGAUUUAAAUAAAUGUCGAGCUAAUGUAGUGUGUAUUUUCAAUAUCGGCUCAAAAAUUUUAACAAUAAAUUGAUAUUUUUUUGGCUGUUUAUUGAGAUGCAAACAUCAAUAAUUACACUUGCAUUAUUAUCGAACAAAUAACAAACAAAUUAAGAUAAAUAACAAUUAUUAUCAUCUGAGUAUAAAAUAGAAUGUUGAUUAAUUCCUGAUGACUUUUUUUUGUACAUGGCGAAUUAUAUUUAAGAUAAUAAUCAUCGAUAGUAAUUACUUGGAUAAUAAAUUCAUCACAAAAAAAACAAAAAAUGAUUUAUCAAUUUUCCUCAAUUUAAUUUUAAAAUAAACCGUCGAAACUUUUUUUUUGAAUCAUUGAGAUUGCUUCCAGUGUCAUUUAAAUGACUAUUUUUUUAUUUAUAUUAAUUGUAUAAAUUUAGACAGAUAUUUAAUAACAGUAAGAUAAUUUUUAUAUUUUUUCAUUUUGUGUUUUUUUUUUUCGUUUCAUUAAGUUGACUUACUAAUUAACAGUCAAAAUUGAAUAAAAAUAUAAAAAUAAACUGCCAUUAUCAUAUUUUGAAAUUUGUUAUAUUAGAAAAUGAAUUUAAAAAAAAAUAAAAUCAUAUCGCACAAUUUAAAAAAUUUAUAUUUAGAAAAGGAAAUUUAAAAAAAAUCGUGCCAAAUUUGUAUCAGCACAUUUUUAUUAUUAAUAAUAAAAAUAUAAAAAAUAAAUAUGUGUAAAUCAUCGUGCCAUUUAUUUCAUGAAUGUAAUAUUUUUUUUUUUAAUUUAUUUUUUAAUAAUUGUAUUGGAAUUAAAUAAUCGAUCAUUCAACUUGUGUAAUAAUCAUUUACAAAUCAAUCAACAUUAUUACAAAAUAAAAAAUAAUCAUUUAUCAUUUAUUUUUCAUGACUGGACUUUGAUAUAUAUUUAUUUAUUAAAUAAAUUAAACAAUUAACAAAUUGUAUCAUUUAAAUUAAGUGGAAAAAAUUAAUACAAAGAAAUGCAAAAGAAAAAUAUAAAUUUAAAUAUCAAAACAGAUUUUAAUUUUUUGUCACAUUCCUUUUUAUAUUUUCUUUAUGAUGAAGGUCAUUUGUAAUAAACAAAAAAAUUUAUUUAUAAAAAAACACUGAUAAAUAAAAGUAAAUACCAAUUGAAAAUAUGUCGACAUAAAUAUAUACGCUCAUGUCAUUAAUGAUAAUUGUAGAUGAAAGUGGCACAAGCAUAACUAUUUAAUUUUUUUUCAUUUUAAAAAAUAUAUUCAUUCAAAAUUAUUUUUACUACGAUGGUAUUAGAAAUGAUAAAUUUACUGUUUUUU